UCAAAUUCCAAUUUUCUUAGCCUCUUUUUUAGACUUAAAUUGUGAACCAAAUCUGAAAAUUUUGGUUUUUUGUUCUUUGAUGGGUUCAUUUUUAUGUCUUUUUCUGCUCAUUAUUUUGUAUUCUACUCGCUAAAAUUGACUUUAUUAGAUAGUUUCUUACAAGUUCGUUAAUUUUAGUAAUUACUACCCACAAUGUUAUAAAUUGAUUCUAUAAAUUUCGUUUAUACUAUGAUUAAAAUCAUAGCUUCAUCUUGAUUAAUUCUGUCAGAGGUGGAUUAGCAAUGGGGGUUGCUCAAGAAAAUAGUAUUCCUGCUAGAUUGGAGGGAAAAACAAGUGCUGUUAUUGUAUGUUUCUUACUUGGACUGGGUUCUCUUCUCUCAUGGAACACUAUGCUCACUCUUGGAGAUUACUAUUACAAAGUUUUUCCAGAUUACCAUCCUUCAAGGGUACUUACACUUGUAUAUCAACCCUUUGCUGUUGGAACAACAGCUAUACUUGCAUAUAAUGAAGCACGCAUUGAUACUAGAUGGAGAAUCAUUGGUGGAUUCAUUCUUUACUUCAUUAGUACUCUGGGUUGUUUAUUGUUAGAUUUAGGAACAUCUGGAGCAACAGGAGUUGGACCUUAUGUAGGUUUAUGUAUCCUGGUUGCGGCUUUUGGGGUUGCUGAUGGACAUGUUCAGGGUGGAAUGUGUGGAGACUUAGCUUUUAUGUUGCCUGAGUUUAUUCAAUCCUUUUUUGUUGGUUUGGCUGCUUCUGGUGCUCUAACCUCCGGUCUUAGGUUAGUGACAAAAGCAGCAUUCGAAAAAUCUCAUGAUGGCCUACGCAAGGGUGCUUUACUGUUCUUGGCAAUUUGUACAGGUAUUGAGUUUUUGUGCAUCUUCUUGUAUGCAUUUUACUUCCCUAAGUUGCCAGUUGUCAAGUACUUUCGAGCAAAAGCAGCCUCAGAAGGAUCUAAAACUGUUACAUCUGACCUUGCUGCUGCUGGUAUCAAACAGGCAAGCUGCACUAAUUCAUUAUGCUCACAGUUUUGUGUUUCAGUUGUAUAUUCAAGGCAGUUUUUUAUGAAACUACUUCUUGAAACUUUGCAGGAUGAGAGUGGUGCAAAAUUAGAACGUUUGACACUGAAACAGUUGCUACGCCUGAAUUGGGAUUAUUUUCUAGGUUUAUACCUAAUUUAUGUGCUGACAUUGUCAAUUUUCCCUGGUUUUCUGUACGAAAAUACAGGAACUCACAGAUUAGGCUCGUGGUAUCCCCUUGUGUUGAUUGCCAUGUACAAUGUUUUGGACCUAGUAGGAAGAUAUACACCUCGUAUAAAAUGCUUGAAUUUGGAGUCUCGAAAGGGCCUGAUGAUAGCGAUCCUAGCUCGUUUCCUCUUUGUCCCAGCAUUUUACUUCACUGCAAAAUAUGCAGAUGAAGGAUGGAUGAUCAUGCUCACGUCCUUACUGGGAUAUACUAACGGUCAUCUCACUGUCUGUGUGAUGACUGCUGCGCCUAAGGGUUACACUGGACCGGAGCAGAACGCAAUGGGGAAUUUGCUGGUUGUAUUCCUUUUAUGCGGCAUAUUUUCAGGUGUUUGCCUUGACUGGUUGUGGCUGAUAGGACAUGAAAGCUUUUGACGGAGAAGAGACAACAAAAGAUGAUCUAAACUAUCAAAAUACAUUGGAGAUAACAUUGGUUCCACAUUGUUUAUUUAAUCUAGGUGAUUUAAUUAUUGAACAAGUUGAAGCAUCAUUACUCUAGGUUGCAAAGGUAGGGAAAUUGUUCAUAAGUUUCAUAAUAUAUUUGAUUUAUAGAAAGAAAUGUCUAUUGGAAACUAUAUGAAAGUUCCUUUCAUUUGGAUGUUAUUUAAUCAUUAUUCUUGUAGUGUGAGUGCAAGAAAAGAAAUUGAAUAGGUAAAACUCAUAUACAAUCUCUAUUAUAUAUGGAAACUCUUAAUGAUUUUAGUAUCUA